AUGGGGUCAUAUGUCACUGUAUUGACUGAGAGAGAGGGCAGUGUUGCAACGGUGGCAGAGAGGGUGAGAGAUGAACCAGACACAGACACACCAGUCAGCAGAAGAGAUGACACUUCACUGCAGGGCACAGCAACUUUCAUCACAGCUGUAAGAGAAGCAGGAGAAGAUGUGAUGAUGAAAGUAAUGCUCCUGCAGCUCAUUGACAUCACUGCCUUUAACCUGGCUUUCUUGACAGUCAUGAAGGCUGCUGCUGCACCAUGA